AUGGAAAAUAGAUUAUUAAGUUUAAUUUUAAAUCAAAGCAUAAUUGCCAAACAUUAUAAAAAUUCUAUAGAUCCAUUAAAUUCAUUAAUAACCACUUUUAAAAAAAAAGAUGAAAAUUAUUUAAAUGUUUAUUUUAAAAAUUUAGAGGGAAUCAAAAAAUAUUUUAUUAAAAUGGGGUUGUCAAUAGAUAUAAUUUAUAAAUUUGAAGAGGUUCAUUCAAUUCAAAUUAUUCCAACAAUUUUAUUAUUUAAAUCAUCUGCAAUUAAUAAUAAUAGUAAUGAUAAAUUCAAAUAUAUUUAUAAUCAAAUAAAUAAUAAAAAUAUUUUUUCCUCAUCCAUUACCCAAAUGGUCGAUUUAGUUCCAUGUGGCCAAGGUAUCUAUUCCUGUAUCGAUGAUCACAAAUUUAUAAUGGUUGAUCAAGAUGACCCAGCCAACCAAGCAUUUUUAAUUUUAUCAAAAUUAUUAUUGGAUCAAAUUAUAAAUGAUACUGGAGAUUUAAUUACACCUCCGGAAAAAAAAUGGUAUAUAUGGGUAAUAAUUUUACUUUGGUAUAUGGACCACUUUUUUUGGUAA